AUGGCUAAUAGUCCAGAGAAGAUGUUUAGAAAGUUAUCAGGGGAUGAUGUAAAGGUUAUGCGAAGCAGUGUGCCAUUGUAUUUAGUAACUGCUGGUAUAAACGCUUACUUGCAAUACUAUAAUCAAGCCUUUUUGUUAGAACACCAAGUAACUCGCUGGAUGCUCGAAAUAAUAGGAUGUGUACUAACAGUAAUAAUAUUCAAAGGUGUAAUGAAAGUCUUAGGUGUGUUCAGACCGGAGACUAGUUUAAUAAACCCUCUAAGCUGGAGGUUAACUGAUGAUUACGGUAUCAAGAAACCAGCAGAGCCGGGAAAGCCAAAAGAACUCAAGAAAAAGGAAUAA